ACACAUUCAUUUUAAAUAUGUGUUCGUAGAGUAGUGGCCUGAGGGCACACAAUGUGUUGUAAAUGUAUUGUAAUGUUUUUUUAAAUUGUAUGACUGCCUUAAUUUAGCUGGACCCCAUGAAGAGUAGCUGCAGCCUUGGCAGCAGCUAAUUGGGAUCUAUAAUAAAUACAAAGGGGUAGGUGAAGCUAUGGUGCAUCUAACCUGCCAACAUCUGUAGGCAUACAGUUCUUUCAUGUCAUUGCAGAGAAAGAGGAAGCCCAUGUUGACUAAGAUUUCAGUAUUUGUUUCUCAACCCAAAGCACAUUCAAUAUCCCGAUGUUAUAUAAGCAGCCUCAAAAGAAAAAAAAUACUAGUUUGUACAUAGAUUUGAAAUCACUGGCCACUUUAAUAAUGUUUAUAUAUUUUGGCUUUAUUCAUCUCUAUAUACUGUAUUAUAUUUUAGUCUAUGCCACUCUGACAUUGCUCAUCCUAAUAUGUAUAUAUUAUUUAAUUAACUAGGCAAGUCAGUUAAGAACAAAUUCUUAUUUUCAAUGAGGCCUACACCGGCCAGGACUGACAAUGCUGAGUAAUUUGAGCGUCUCCCUAUCACAGCCAGUUGUGAUACAGUCUGUAAUCAAACUAAGGUCUUUAGUGACGUCGCUAGCACUGAGAUGCAGUGCCUUAGACCGCUGCGCCACUCGGGAGCCCACUUAAUUCCGUUAUUUUACUUUUAGGUUGUGUAGUGUUAGAUAUUACUGCAUUGUUGGAGCUAGAAACACAAGCGUUUCGCGCCACCCGCAAUAACGUGUUUGUGACCAAAAAAGUUGCACCUUGCCAAAACCCGGGAUCUCGGCAGUGAGAUGAGUCACGUGAUACCUUUAUGUACUAGGGAAGAGAGAAAUAAUUAUUCAAAUCAAAUUGUAUUUGUCACAUGGGCCGAAUACAACAGGUGUAGACUUCACAGUGAAAUGCUUACCUACAAGCCCUUAACCAACCAUGAUGUUUAAGAAAGUAUUUACUAAAAUAAACUGAAGUAAAAAGCUAAAAAUGUAAUAACAAAUCUGUAUGUUUCUGUAAACUGUGAAAACGCAUCUACAAAGUCAUACAAUCAUAUCAAAUAUAGGCAGCAUGCUACAUCUACAUCUUCAUGGAUUGGCUCACAUCGGAGGGCCUCCACCCAUGUUUGACAGUGACGGGAUUCCCGAGCCAACGCAGGGGAUUCUGGGAGGAAAGGUUGAGGAUAACCGGGAACGUAAUUAUGGAAGGGGAAUCUAAACACCGAACUAUUGCAGGUGGAAACACUAAAUCCGUCAUCUACAAGCAUAUUUCUGUGAGAAGUAAAUGGUAUCACUCCUGUGCCACAAUUAUUUCGUGAAACAUCAAAAGCGCUCUCUGUAUGCGAAUGUAACUAACGUUAGCAAGUGUGGCUAGCCAGCCAUAGGUGGCCAUUGUUUUUGUUUAGUAAACGAAGUGAAAGCAAUAUAAAACCAGUGUUUUCCCCAGCCGAGGAAGGGCCCAGCAAAGGGGCAAACUGUUUGAGUAAUGCGGUUUGGUUUCUCUCGGGAAGAUGGAUGAAAAGUCCACCAACCAACACCGGCUCUAUAUUGCCCUGGUGAUGGUGUUGCUCUUUGGCGUUAUUGUGCUUCAGUACGUUUGUCCUAGCUCCGAUUGCCAGCUGUUGCACAUAGGAUCAUUGUCCUCCAGGUCGGGCGGCAAUGCCCUCGGGCCCCGGGGAGAGGUAAACGACAUUGGCCUCAGUGGAAAGGACCCGUACGUCGCUGAGGACGGUGCCCUGGCCCGGUUCGUUCCCCGCUUCAAUUUUACAACUUCCGACCUCAGUCGCCUCGUUGACUUCAAUAUCAAGGGAGACGAUGUUAUUGUUUUUCUUCACAUCCAGAAGACCGGGGGCACAACCUUUGGUCGACAUUUAGUGCGUAAUAUUAAACUCGAGAGGCCUUGUGAGUGUCAUGCUGGCCAAAAGAAAUGUACCUGUUACCGGCCAGGUAAAAGGGAAACGUGGCUUUUCUCCCGGUUCUCGACAGGAUGGAGCUGCGGUCUCCACGCGGACUGGACAGAGCUGACCAACUGCGUGCCGUCCCUCAUGAACAUGCGUGAGCCACCCAAGAAGCCUACAGUUCCCAGCCGGAACUACUACUACUACAUCACCAUCCUGCGUGACCCGGUGUGGCGCUACCUGAGCGAGUGGCGGCACGUGCAGCGCGGUGCCACCUGGAAGGCCUCCCUGCACGUGUGUGACGGUCGCUCCCCCACGCUGGCCGAGCUGCCCAGCUGCUACCCCGGGGAUGACUGGUCUGGCUGCUCUCUGAAGGAUUUCAUGGACUGCCCCUACAACCUGGCCAACAACCGGCAGGUCCGCAUGCUGGCAGAUCUCAGCCUAGUGGGCUGUUACAACGACUCGGCCAUGAGCGAGGACGAGCGCUGGGCCGUGUUAUUAGAGAGCGCCAAGCGGAACCUGCGGGGUAUGGCCUUCUUUGGCCUGACAGAAUACCAGAGGAAAACCCAGUAUCUGUUUGAGAAGACCUUCCGCCUGGCGUUCAUCGCCCCCUUCACCCAGCUCAACGGGACGCGGGCGAGCAGCGUAGAGGUCGCCCCUGAGACGCAACAACGGAUCCGCCAGCUGAACCAAUGGGACGUGGAGCUGUACGAGUACGCACGUGACCUGUUCCUCCAGCGCUUCCAGGUGGCCCGUCAGCAGGAGAGGAGGCAGGCCAGGGAGAAGAGGCAGCAGGAGAGGAGGAGGCUUCGAGGGAGGCUGGGGUCAACUAGGCUGGGGAUAGGAUGGCCGGUGGCGAUGUGGCCCAGCGACAAGCCCCAGUGGACAGAGACCCAGGCUGGGGAGGCGAUCACCACCCACCUACGACCACCCCCACCACCCUCCCCAGAGAUGAAGCAGGGGAGGGAAGGUGGAGAGGCGGUGGAGGCUGAGGUGCAGCUGCCAGAGUGGUGGGAUCUGGAGGAGAACAGCACCAUGGAGGACUACAUGGACAAUGUGGAACAGUGGCGGUAGUAGUGAGAGGACCAAGCCGAAGAAGGAGUGAGCCACGUGAAUUUUCCAGGCUUGCCUUGUCUGCACAGACAUUAUGAGUGUGUCCCAAUAUCUCCUUUCUCCCGAAAUGUGCACAUGUUCACGUCCCUUCGUGAUUUUGAAAGGAAAUGACUGGUAUAAGAAAAAUGUGGUUUUGCCCAUGCCUACACCAAUCCAGCGCUAUUAAAUAUUUGGGGAAUAGUGAACAAAUGCACACUUCAGGAACAGAGAGAUAUGGGACACAUCCAUUUUCAAAACUCAACGCUAACCAUGCACAGCUCCCUUUAGCCUACAUCCCAACCUUUAGUCCAGGGGUUCCCAAACAUUUUUGGCCCAUGACCCCAUAUGUGAAUUCUCACGACCCCAACCAUGUGAAGUUUACUAUGGCGGUCAAUUGAAAAACAUUCUUAACAGUAUUUCUGAUUGUAUUCUCAACCCACCAUCAUAUACUUUUAAUGUGGGGCCAUGACAGUCAAUUGCAAAUUAGUCUGAAAAAAUGUAUCUCAUCUCACCAACACUAAUGAGAGGGGUGUGCUUGAUGCAUGUCGUGUCGGAGCUACUCAAAGUCAGGGACGGGGUCGACAGUGCGCAUCUCAUCUCUCCUGUCACAUUCAACCUGGAUCGAUAUUUGUUUUUAAUGCAGACGAGAGCACUGAAUCAGCGUACCAUGAGUUUUAAUACUCGGAGGGAGAUGGCACAGUUUUCCCAUUGAGUUAUGUCUCAAAACUCCUCCAUAGUGACCUGUGAAUCAGCUGUAUCAUUUCACUUACCGGCAUGUCAACUGCGCCAGGAUCACAGUCAAACGGAUUUCAAUCUGUAUAAUAUUUUUUUCCCCCCUGCAUGCUUGCGUUCAGUUCCCCAAAUAUGUCUGUUACAUAGGCAAGGAGACACAUUUUCUUUUCAUUACACAGAUAGUCAACAAAGUCUGUUUUUACAUCCAUUGCGAAUGACAACCAUUCCCCUCUCAAUUCGAAAAAUCAUUCCAACACUACCCCUCGAUAACCACCAAGCCUCGCGUGAAAUGGAACAUUGUCAUGCUAUGAUCCCAUAUGUCCACAGUUUUGUGAACAGGCUUACGCUAUAUAGUUUACAAUCUAAGUUACCUGCUGCAUAUCUCCAAGUUCUGUGCACAGCUCUUUUGCAGCCAGUUGCUCUUGGUGUAUCCAUUAUUGCUCAGUGGGUGUGUCAUACAAUGCGUCCAUAUGGCAGAGGGAGACACAUUCAUAACUAGCGUGCAGAGGCCUGCCUGCCGUCCCGUGAUAGAUGGAUCCCCAACUGUGCAAAAGCCCACCAUUCAAUCCCAUGGAAUCUGUUUUUCGUUAAUAUAGCCACGGGGCACACUGAACAUCCCCUGUGCCGUUUCAUGCUCGUGAGUCGUGAGACCGAACAAUAUGUCGUUGUGAAUAGCAUCCCCCGACAUGUAGUGAACAAAAGUCAAUGCAUCUCGGCCCUCACAGCUAGCAUCCAAUUGGAGAG